AGGUAAGGCGCGUGUUUACGUAGUGAAGUGUGCCAGUGCGCUAGCGAGAGAAAGAUGGAAGCUUUGCUCUGCAGAAAUCUGGGCGACCCGACAGCACCGCCGGACAGCACGCCGGACUCGGCCUUGACAGUUUCCACGACUCACCCGAUCCCCCAACUCAAGACGCCGACGGCGGUUCGAAUCCGAGUCAGAGCGACCAGCUUGAACUUCGCGAAUUACCUCCAGAUCCUCGGCAAGUACCAGGAGAAGCAGAUGCUACCCUUUAUCCCUGGAUCCGAUUACUCCGGCACCGUAGACUCCGUGGGCCCUGGAGUCGCCAGGUUCAAGGUUGGGGAUCCGGUUUGCUCCUUCGCGGCCGCCGGAUCAUUCGCCCAAUUUAUGGUGGCUGAUGAAUCCGAGCUAUUUCUAGUGCCUGAAGGAUGCGACCUGGUUGCAGCUGCUGGACUUCCAGUUGCAUACGGCACAUCACAUGUCGGUCUUGUUCAUAGAGCACAACUGCGUGCUGGUCAGGUGUUGCUGGUUCUUGGUGCAGCUGGUGGAGUUGGAGUGUCUGCUGUUCAAAUUGGCAAGGUCUGUGGUGCCGAUGUUAUUGCUGUUGCUAGGGGAGUUGAGAAGGUGCAAUUUCUCAAGUCGAUGGGUGUGGAUCACAUUGUGGAUGUGAGCAAAGAGAACAUUACUGAAAGUGUUAACGGGUUUCUGAAAUCCAAAAAUCUGAAAGGAGUUGACGUUUUGUAUGAUCCAGUUGGUGGCAAGCUUACAAAAGAAACGCUUAAGUUGUUGAAGUGGGGAGCACAAAUCUUGGUUAUAGGGUUUGCAAGUGGAGAAGUGCCUGUAAUCCCAGCAAAUAUUGCUCUUGUUAAGAACUGGACAGUUCAUGGACUAUACUGGGGAAGUUACAGAAUACAUUUGCCGCAUGUUCUAAGGAAUUCACUGAAGGAACUGUUAUCCUGGUUGGCGAGUGGCUUAAUCACCGUCAAGGUUUCGCAUACUUUUAGCCUAUAUGAGACUAGGCUUGUAGAUUCAUCGAAUCUUGCUUUUGUGGCGCUCAAAGAUCGAAAAGCAAUAGGAAAGGUUUUGAUUGUCUUCAAUGAUGUAAGGACAAAGCUUUAAGUUGGAGGGCUCAGAUAUUUAUCAUGAUAUUUAUCAUGACUGGUAAUGCUGAUAGCCUCUUAUGUGAUUCUAAGGAUCCAGUUGUGCUGUUGGCCAUUCGGACAGUGUUUGUCAAUAAAGUACGGGUAAUGUGAUCGGAUGCGCUCGGACAUUUGAGAUUUUACUUGAAAAUAAGUAUUAUGCAAUGAAUGAUACUCCCUCUGUUCUAUAUACAUGUCGUUUUAAUUUAAAACUUCUAAAUUACGAUUUCAAUGGGUUGUGUACUUAUCUUAUGCUAAUUCACUUAAAUUUAGUGUUUGAAUUAUUAAAUAAUUACUCGCUCCAUUUUCAUUUGGAUAAGCAUAAAAAAUUCUGGCGGUGACUUCAAUUUAUCUUCUAUUUUCCCAAAUUUUUUUUACCUGGGCACUCCAAAAUCCAAAUUUCAAAUUUUGAGAAAGAGUAUAAAGUUGAAAGAAUGAAUAAAAUAUUUUCAACGACAACUAAUUUGCAAAACAAAAGACAAUCUACAACGACAUGUAUAAAGAAACAGAGGGAGUAUGUGUUA